AUGAAAGCUCCUUUUCCUAAAGGCGGUAUUCCAUCAAUGAUGGGAGAUUAGUUAGGCGGUUUCAAUAAUUAGCAAGCUCAAUAGGCUUAAAUUAGCUAAGCACUAAAUAACAUGACUGAUGAUGAGCUUCUUAAAUUAAUCAACAGCAAUCCUGAAAUAAAAAAAUAAUAUGAAGAACUCAUUGAUAAACAUAAGCAUGAAAUAUCCCAAAAUUAGUUAAAGUAAUCUAAACCAGUUAAUACCAAAGAAUAUUAUAAAAUUGAGAAAGAACUCGAUAAAUAUUUAGAUAAUGAAGGUGGAAUUGUGAUCGAACCUGAACCACGUUUUGUAUUCAAAGCAUUCGAAAAAGGAACAUAAGAAAAAUUCUUUAUAAAUGUAUUAACUCAUCCAUUAAUUGAUGUUCCAGAGGAAAAAUAUUUAGUAGAUUAUGAAAAUUAGCCAGGAUUGAGAGUUCCAAUGUCAUUAGGGCGUUUAAAAGAAGAUAAUGACAAAAAGGGAGAUUUAUGUAAAGUAGUAGAUGCAAUUGUCAAUCCUAAAGUUGCUGAUAACUUAUAAAAAGAUCCUGGCUUGUCAUAAUUUUUCAUAUAAUUGCUAUAGGGUUAUUGCGAGACAAAAUACAAAGUUACUUUGGAUGAUAAAUUCUCAAUACCUAAAUUAAAGUACAAAGGAAAAAGUAUUGAAUAUUAAAGAGUUAAAGGUAAAAAGGCUCCUAAAAUUUAGUAAUUAAGUUAAGAAGAUAUUCAAACACAAGAGUAAAUAGCUAAGAGUGGAAAGAAGUUAGUUCAAGAAAUGAAUGAAGGAAAGAAAUAAAAUCUGCCUAUGGGUAUGAUUCCUCGUCCUAAAUGGAAUCUCUAUAUUCUCUAUAAGGAUGGUACUUAAGAAGAAUAUGAUGGUGAUUUUAAUCUGUAGAAACUAAAAUACAUUAAAAUUGUUAUUGAAUUGCCUCUUUUGGUAACUGGUAAACACAUAUAAUUAGAAGUAACUGAUUCAAAAAUGUACUUAAGAAAUGGAAAGUUUUAUGAGUUAUGCUUGAAAUAUCCACUUAAAAUCGAUAAGACUUCUUAUAAAACAGCAUUUAGCACAACUAAACGUUGUCUUAUAGUUAAAAUGAAACCUUUGAUAGUAAAAGAAAUAGAAAAAAUUACUACAAAUGUAAGCAAAGAUUAAGUAGAUGAAAUUAAAUAAGAUACCACUUAAGUAGUAAAUAAAGCUAUAGGCUUAUCAAAUGAUAUGUUGGAUGACUUAGUUUGA